CGUGUUGGCUGUCUUGUGCUGUCAGGCAGGUUGUAGGCAGGUUGUCGGUGGCCAGGCGGCUGGGGUUCCUUCUCUGAUCUGCUCGUUCUCAGGGCGUAUUAUUAGUCCUAUUGUUGUUGUUGUUUCGGCGUGGACGUGCUAGUUUAGUCGUGGGGUUUCGUGCUGCUCCAGGGCAUCUCGUUGGUUGCGGAUCUUCAUCUUCAGCAGGGUUCCUUCUUCAGCUUGAACAUCAGCACAGGCAUCAGCUGCAGCCAAACAUCGAGUCCACGACAGCCACGCCAACAGCCAGACACUGCUCCCCGACAUGUCCUCCCGCCUCUCGUCUGCGUCCGCGUCCCGGUCGCUGUCCGGACUGCUGGACACGGCCGGACCGGCGUCCCCGUCGUCGCCCACGCCAGCAGGCCCCGGGCCGGCGUUCCAGAUCCACGUGUCGUCGCCGUCGGGCCGCAAAAGCGGCCCGCCGAGACUGACGAUGCAGAGCUUCUUCGACAAGGAGAACAAGCCGCUCGUGGCGGCCAAGGGGCCCAAGAACGGCGCCAGCGGCAACGGCAGCGGCAGCCGCAGGGAAGCCUCCGUUCCGCUGAGAAACAGCACGCAGAACUCCAUCAACCGCCGGUCCCUGUCGGCGUCCAUCAAGAGUGCCUCAAACAGGUCGUUCGGCGGCGGCACCGCGUCCAAGCGGGACUCCAAGGCGUCCCUCUCGACAGCAGCCUCCGCCACGACCUCCGCCACCGCCACCUCGCAGAGAUCGCACAAGGCGCCUUCGUUGUCCUCCACACACAGCCACAAGAGCCGAAGUAGCCACCCAAGACACUCCGUCGACACCUUCAGCUCCAUUUCGUCCAGCAUCAACGAAAACGAGCCCUCGAUCAUCACAGACAGCCUCGAUCAGCUGAACCUCUCCUCGGGAGAGCUUCCCAAGCAGAGCAAGAGAGCGUCUCUCAAGACGGCGCCUAAGGCGUCGUCCAGAAGCAGCGAAAGAUACCCGACAACGACGAUCAUGGAGAACCCGCUUCCUGUGCAGCUUACUGGUGAAAACAAGCACGAGAAAAAGAAGUCCAUCUCCAAAUCAACCUCCUUCAGAAGCCUGAGAAACUCGCUCUCCAUGAAGUCUCUCACCUCGUCCUUGAAAAACGAUGAUACCAACACAUCCUAUACCUCUGAAUAUACCUCUAGUAAUGCGGAAAAGAGAUCCAGUCUCAAAACAAAGAGAAAAAUGUCCCUGGAGAAUAUCAGAUCCUUCCUAACCAACAGGCGCUCCUCGGUCGAUAUCCAUUCAGAGUACAGAAACAACAUCUCCCUUCCGAUAAUGCAGCCUCAGACAAAAGAGAAGAUCAGACACAAGCUGAGAAACUCAACCUCGAUCAUGUCGAUGUCCUCCUUUGUAUCGAACAAUGACAGUGUUGGUGCCACCACCGAGAAGCCAAAACCAAGCAGCAAGAUGAAGACCGUUGACUUGGACCAGUUGCACCACUCUUUGCUUCUAAAACUAUGCAGCCAAUCCCGUUGCGUCUCUUUCACUAGUUACUUGAACAAGUACCAAACUCUGACCCCGAGAAGACAUUUGACCAAAUUGACCAAAACUGGGAAAAGCUUCCUGUUGAUGGAGUUUUCGUGUCAAAAUUCAGAAUCAGAAGCCGACUUGAAACCCUCCGGUGUUUGGAAAGUCAUUCCAAUCGAUCAAAAUGGCACCCUCAUCACCCAGGUCAUCCAAGAGCUGACCCUGACAAUGCUAAUGAGCAACAAGCCCGGCUUUGUCAGUAUCAACUCUGCAAAAGUUGUCUCUGGACCUUGUCCUAAUUCAUUACUGGAUUUGAUGGAUGUGAGUUCAUAUAAUGAUAAACAGCUAUAUUUGAUAAUGCGCUUGGAUUAUGCCGGUAUCUCCUUGAAGGACUUCCAAUUGGAGAGCUGGAAAGAAGCAUCAACCAUCCUCAACCAAGUCCUGGACGCGUUGUGUCUUGGCGAAAAUGAGAACUAUGAACACAGAGACUUGAAUAUUGAGAAUAUCAUGAUCAAACGCACAACUAGGGAAGUGCAAGAUCUAAACAAUCCUAACAACCUCGUCGAGAGGUCUUUCCUUGACGUCACGAUUAUUGACCAUGCCUUGGCUCGUGGUAUCGUAAGCGGUCAGUUGAUGUAUAGGAACCUCUAUGAUGCAGACUUCUUUAAAGGAAGUGGGGAGUAUAGACAUACCAUCUAUAAGCUCAUGAGGCGUGCCGUUGCAAACAGCAAGGCGAAUAGCGCCACUAUUUCAAGCUCUUCCUCCUCCAUGAGCAUCAGCACGCUCAAAACAGAAAUGAGCACCAACGAUUCGAGUUCGAUUUCAAACUCCGGCUCACAUACUGACUGGUCACAAUCGUAUUCGAUUUUCAACCUUCUUUGGGUGCAUUAUCUACUGCACAUCCUUCUUUUUGAAAAAGGGUUGAAGCCCCUCAAGAUGAACCCGAUCUUGAAGAAAAAGGGCCGCCUAGUAAACGGGGGCGAGGUCGGUGAAGAAAACGCCAUCUACGAGCGUUUGAUGCAAGGGUACCGUAUGGUUGAACCUGCUGUCCUUUUCGGCAACAGGAAAAACAGGUACAUGAGAGAAAUCAGGACGAUUCACGAGUUCAGGGACUGGUAUCAGAACUUGAACGCAUAAAAUAUCCAGCAUUAUCCAGUCCGUCCGGGUUUAUAUUUACAGCAUGUCUAAGUAUGUUAACUUCCUUUUUAGUGUUUUUAUAGUUUCAGAGAGUAAUAACAAGUUUAUAAAAUAUAAAACAGACGUAACCAC